GCAUUCCAUUGGUCUUGCGCCCACCAUUGCGAGGGUGGCCCCAACUAUGCCACGGCGCAGUGUCAAUGUGCAUGUCUCACUGCCGAGCAGAUCGCGGAGUUGGAGGCCACUACGACCACGACGACCUCGGAGGAGCCGACCACGACCACGAGCAUUCCGAUUGCUUCGGGGUCCGGAACGCUCAUACCCACUGCCGGCCCGGCUACGACGCCCCCGCCGGUCACCGGCGUUUCUGGGUUCCCGGUGGGCGAUCUGAAUUCCGGCGGGCCCAGCCGGGGUGGACCAGGUAGAGGCUCUGGUGGAGGGACGCCGGCACCCGACAUGCAGGGCAACGAGACAGUCCAGGAAAGG